AUGGCAAGCAAGAGCGAAGUUGAGAACAUUGCUGAAAAUUUGUCAAAUAUAGAUGUCACUCCAGUAAAGGAGAAUGUGGAAACAUAUGACUUUGAGGCAGAGGUGCCACAGGUUAUGUCGCUCAUAAUCAACAGUGUAUAUUCCUCAAAGGAAAUGUUCCUGAGAGAGCUCAUUUCAAAUGCUUCUGAUGCUAUUUCAAAGGUUAAAACCAUGAAGACAGAUCUUGAUUCCAAGGGAUAUGCUACUUGCCCAAUAGGUGCAUAUAAGAUCCAGAUUAUUCCUAAUAAGAACAAUAAUACAUUGGUCAUCAAGGAUAAUGGUGUUGGUAUGACCAAGAAUGAUCUAAUUGCCUUUUUGGGAUCUAUUGCAUCUUCAGGUACUAAGAAAUUUAAAGAAAUUCUUAAUUCUCAGAAUCAAAAGUCUGAUCUUGAGACAUUGAUAGGGCAAUUUGGACUUGGAUUCUACUCUGCAUUUUUGGUUGCUGACAAGGUUGAUGUUAUUACUAAGAAUCCAAUGGAUGAUGGGUAUUUGUGGACAUCAACUGGAGGGAAUUCCUAUUCAAUUUGCAAGUAUGAUACUGGCGAUCUGGAGCAUGGCACAUCUGUCAUUUUGACAUUAAAGGAAGGAGAGAAGGAGUAUCUUGAAUCUACCAGACUGAUUAAUUUAAUCAAGAAACAUAGUCUUUAUAUUAGAUAUCCCAUUGCAGUCUUUGUUGAAAAGGAAGAAGAAGAAAAGGACGAGGAAGAGGCAAAGGAUACAGUAGAGGAAGUCAAGGAGGAUGCAGAGCCUAAAAUAGAAUCAGAAGCACCACCCAAGAAGAUUAAGAAAGUUGUUGAGGAGCAAAUAGUCAAUAAUGAUGUACCAAUUUGGACUAAGAAAGUCGAAGAAAUACCUGAGGAAGAACUAAAUAAGUUUUAUAGGACUAUUUCAAAUGACUAUGAUGACUAUGCGGCAGUGCAGUCUUGGCAUUUUGAAGGUGUUAUUGAUUUGAAAAUAAUCCUUUUCAUCCCAAAGAGAGCAAGGUUUAAUUUCUUUGAACAGAACAAUGAGAAGAAUAAGAACAUUAAGGUCUUCAAUUCCAAUGUAUUUGUUACUGAUGAUCUUCCAAAGGAGGUUGUUCCUGACUGGAUGAAUAUGGUUGUAGGCACUGUGUCCUCUCCUGACUUUCCUAUGAAUAUCUCUAGGGAAUUCCUUCAGGGCAAGGCAGUUAUGAAUAUGCUGAAAACUAAGCUUCCCAAAUGCAUCUCAGAGAUGAUUAAAAAAUUGGAAAAGGAUGAGGAAAAGUACAACGCAUUUUACAAGGAGUUUGCGUCUAAUAUCAAAUUAGCGAUUAAACAGUACACUGACACUCAGCAAGAAACAUUUGCCAAGUUCCUUAGAUAUCCCACCAAUCAGGAUAAUGAGAAAUUGAUCAGUUUCGAUGAAUAUCUCAGCAAGGUUUCUGAGGGUCAGAAACAGAUACUCUUCCUCACAGGUCUUACCAAGAAGGAUGUUGAAACAUCCUUGUGUCUUGAAGGAUUUAAGGACAGGCUUGUUCUGCUUAUGCCAGAAGCCGUGGAUGAGAUUAUGCUUCAGGGUCUUAAGAAGUAUAAAGGACUUGAUCUUCAGAACAUCAGCAUUGAGGGUGUAGAUUCAAUUACACCAAUUGAUGAAGAGACCAAGAAGGAAUACGAGCCAUUCACUGAAAAGAUCAAAGAUCUUAUUAAGGAAAAGGUUGAGAGGGUUGAAAUUUCAAAUAGAUUUGUUGGUGUCCCUGCGUCUAUUUUGACUACAAAAUAUGGAAAUUCAAGUACAAUGGAAAAUAUCAUCAAAGCUCAGCCUGGAUUUGAGAACAAUCCAAUGCUAAUGAUGAUGCUUAAGUCCAAGAAAAUAUUUGAAAUCAACAUCGAUUCACCAGUUAUUAAGCAAUUGAAGAGGAUUUUCGAUGAGGAUAAGAUGGAGCAGUUCUCAACCUAUGUGAACUUCCUUUACAAUGCAGCACUUGUGGGAAGUGGAUUUACACUUGAGGAGAAGUCAACCUUUAUUAAGGAUUUGUACUCUAUUCUAUCUGAGGCAGUAUCAAGCAAGUAA